CCCCCUUACCCCGUGUUUUACUUCCUCUGUUCUUCGAAUCGCCCUCAGCGCCACGUCAUAGCCACGAGGCGCGAGUCCUGAGGAGGAGGGGCGGAAGCACAGCCGGGAAGAGGCGGGUGUGGGGAGAUGAUCUCGCAGUUCUUCGUGCUGUCGCAGCGCGGCGACCACAUCGUCUUCCGCGACUAUCGAGGCGAGGUGCCCAAGGGCAGCGCGGAGAUCUUCUUCCGUAAGGUCAAGUUCUGGAACGAGGACGAGGCCGAGGAGGCGCCUCCAGUAUUCAAUAUCGAUGGGGUUAAUUAUAUUCAUGUCAAAGUCGCAGGACUAUAUUUUGUAGUAACCACAAUGGUCAAUAUAUCUCCAUCUCUUCUCUUGGAACUUCUGCAAAGGAUCGCACGUGUUACAAAAGAUUAUCUCGGCGUUCUGAAUGAAGAUUCUCUGAGGAAGAAUUUCAUUUUGGUGUACGAAUUGCUCGAUGAAGUCAUUGACUUUGGAUACCCACAAACAACCUCUACCGAGGCUCUGAAGUCAUACAUAUUUAAUGAACCGAUCAUGGUUGAUGCUGGACGGAUGCCACCACUUGGUCCUGCUGCUAUGUUCAUGCAAGGCUCGAAGCGUAUGCCUGGUACAGCUGUUACAAAAUCUGUUGUAGCUAAUGAGCCUGGUGGGAAAAAGAGGGAGGAAAUUUUUGUUGACAUCAUUGAGAAAAUAAGUGUCACAUUCAGCUCGAGUGGUUAUAUACUUACCUCUGAGAUUGACGGAACCAUCCAAAUGAAAAGUUACCUUAGUGGAAAUCCAGAAAUCCGUCUAGCUCUGAAUGAAGAUUUGGGCAUUGGAAGGAGUGGCUCUUCUACACAUGAUUAUAGAAGUUCUUCUGGAGGAGGAUCAGUCGUUCUUGAUGAUUGUAACUUUCAUGAGUCAGUGCAGCUAGACAGUUUUGACAUUGACAGAACUCUGCAUUUAAUACCACCUGAUGGAGAAUUUCCAGUCAUGAACUACCGGAUGACUCAGGAAUUUAAGCCACCGUUCCGCGUAACCGCACUAAUUGAAGAAGCUGGACCAUCUAGGGCUGAAGUUCUACUGAAAAUACGGGCAGACUUUUCUGCAAAUGUCACUGCUAACACAAUCACAGUACAAAUGCCGGUGCCCUCGUACACGAUGAGGGCAAGUUUUGAAUUGGAAGCUGGAGCAGUUGGACAGACAACUGAUUUUAAAGAAGGAUCUAGGAGGCUUGAGUGGAACCUAAAGAAGAUUGUUGGUGGUUCUGAGCAUACGCUUCGUGCGAAGCUCACAUUUUCUCAGGAGUCACAUGGAAAUCUCACAAAAGAAGCUGGACCAGUAAACAUGAAUUUCACUAUCCCUAUGUACAAUGCUUCAAAGUUGCAGGUCAGAUAUCUUCAGAUAUCGAAAAAAUCCAAGACAUACAACCCAUAUAGGUGGGUGAGAUAUGUGACGCAGGCCAACUCGUAUGUAGCUCGUCUAUGAGGAUCUUCUGUCUGUACAAUUUUCUCUUGGAGAUUUCAUGCUUGGCAGAGUGGCAUGUAUUGUAACUUUAUACUGGGAUCCCAGACAUCACUCUGCUCAUGCAGCCUCAAAAAAUUUUAGUGUCAUAUUUUCCUUGUGCCAUAUGCAGAAAAUACAUGCUAUGUUUGUAUUAUGCGAAA